AUGUAUUUUCGGCUGGUGCGCGAGGCGACGCGCGCGCCGAGACGGGACGGCGCGGUUCGCGGCGAGCGCGGUGAAUCGGAGGCGACGGUGGGGACGUCGAGGAGCGUUCGCGAGACGUCGAGCGCGAAGGGUGGGGCGGUGGUGAGGCGUGGGCGCGGCGCGGCGGCGGUCGACGCGACGUUCGCUCGGCGCCUGCGGUUUCUGUUGGGAAUCGUCGUUCCGUCGUGGCGGAGCGAGGAGGCGUUCUUAUUGGUCACGCAGUCGUUCGCGUUGGUGUCGAGAUCGUUCAUCUCGCUGAGGAUUGCGGAGAAGGGUGGCGACGGGAUGCGGUGCGUCAUGGAGCGGGACUGGCGCGGGGCGCAGGUUGUUCUGGCGGACUUUUUUGUCUCCGGCGUCGCCGCAGCGGUGGUGAACUCGGCGUUGAAGUACCUGACGAAUAGCAUCACGACUUGUUUUCGCGAACGGUUGACGCUGUACGUGCACGAUGCGUAUCUCUCGCAUCGCGCGUACUACAAGGCAGCGGUGCUUCGACACGGUGAUUUGGACAACGCGGAUCAACGCGUGGCUGAGGAUUUACAUCAGUUUUGCUCCACCAUGAGCGACUUGUAUGCGCGCACGUUCAAGCCGUUGCUGGACGUCAUCUUGAGCACGAAGCGCAUGUCUGAGACGAUGGGAUACUCGGGAUUGUUCAUUCUGUACACAUACUUUGGUCUCUCGGGCGCGAUGGUGCGCGCGUUUUCGCCACCUUUCGGCGAGUACAUCGCGCAGACGCAAAAACGCGAGGGUGAAUUCAGGCGAGAUCACGCGCGACUGAUUCAGCACGCCGAGGAAGUGGCUUUCCUGGACGGAAGCGCGCGCGAGAAACAAAUUUUGAACAAUUCUCUUCACGAGUUGACGACGUGGAGUCACUUUUACUACUACGCGCAAUUCAAGCAGGGAAUCGUAGACCAGUACGCGCUUAAGUAUUUCGCGUCCAUGAUUGGCUGGCCUGUGCUCGCGGUGCCCUUCUUUUACUCCAACCUCACUCCGAGCGAGAUCGCCGCGAGGUACAAAGAAAACGACACACUGAUCAAGAGUGCGAGCGGUUCGAUUGGCGAUUUGAUGCUGGUGUACAAGAAGCUACAAAGACUCGCUGGUUUCACCGCGCGCGUCACCGAGCUCAUCGAGAGCGUGGAGUCGCUUUCUACCGAGCCGAGCACCGUGCACGUCACGGGUGAUGACGAUGGUAUGCACUUCGAUCGUGUCACGGUGCACGCGCCAGAUGGAAGACUCUUGGUGAAGGAUUUGACGCUGCACAUCAAACCGGGAGAGAGCGUCUUCAUCACCGGCGCCAACGGCGCGGGGAAAACAUCGAUAUUCCGUGUCCUCGCGGGCCUUUGGCAGGCAUCGUCAGGGAACAUCACGCGUCCAGUGCAAGGUUUGGCGACAACAGUGGACGGCGAGGCUGCAAUUUUCUACGUCCCGCAGCGCCCAUAUUUGGUUUCUGGGACGCUUCGAGACCAAAUUAUGUACCCACUCCCGGGCAAUGCCGCAUGCGACGACGACGUGUUCGAGUGCUUACAACUCGCAAACCUAGUCAAGCUAGUGGACGCGAGUCCAGAUGGUCUGAGCAGAUCGGAACACGACUGGGCCAAUGUCUUGAGUGGAGGAGAAAAGCAGCGCAUCGGCUUGGCAAGACUAUAUUUCCACCGUCCUACGUUCGCUAUCCUCGACGAGGCGACGAGUGCGAUCAACCCGGAUGAGGAGGGCCUGCUAUACGCGCACAUCGAAACCUUGGGGAUCACCGCGUUCAGCAUCGCGCAUCGACUUGAGCUCAAGCGCUUCCAUGCGCUCCACCUUCAUCUAGCCGCUGACGGUACGGGAAAGUGGUCACUCAAAGACCUUCGCCGAAUCUCCUUCAUGGGUAACCUGGAGUCCAUAAAAUCGCUUCGUCGCUCGAUCGAUGCGGGUGCACUGAAUGAGUCCACGAUGUCGAACUAG